AUGCGUUCACAUCACCAAACAUUGUAGAAGCCUCUGAGCUGUUGUCCAACAGCUGGUAUGUUUGACAGUGAAGAAAAUCAUCUUAUGAACCCACAGAUGGGCUGGUAAGAUGGUUCACCCUUUGAGAAGAAAACUAUGGAAAUCACUGAUUUGCAAGAAAUGUUUGAAAAUUAUACUGAUAUUGAACAGAUUGACUAUGAUCCAGACGCAUUUGCCUGUACACCCAUUGUAAAUGAGUCAAUGAACGUGGCAUUGACUGUUGUCUAUAGCCUGGUUUGUAUCCUCGCUGUGACAGGGAACAUGGUCGUAAUAGUUGUCAUACUUUACAAUCGACGCACAAUAUCAUCCACAGAUAUCUACCUGCUUCAUCUGGCUGUGGCUGAUCUGCUCUUUGCCAUGACCCUACCCUUUUGGGCAGUGGAUGCCAUAUCUGGCUGGGUGUUUGGUGAUGCCACAUGUAAGAUCAUCAGCAUGUUAAAGGAAGUUAACUUGUACAGUGGGAUUCUGUUGCUGGCUUGUAUCAGUAUUGAUCGCUAUCUGUCCAUUGUCUACUCUACACAGAUCCACAACCAGAAGAGACCAUUUCUAAUCAAGCUGGUCUGUGCUGCUGUUUGGGUGGUGGCUAUUGUUCUGUCUUUACCUAUUCUGUACAAGGGUGAAUAUGCUGCACCUGGUACCAGCAGAAUGAUCUGUUUUGAGUUACUCGAAGGUGAAUCGGCUGAAACAUGGAGAGUAACCACCAGGUUUUUGCGACACUUUAUUGGGUUCCUCAUUCCACUGGCUGUCAUGAUCUUCUGCUACAGUGUGACGAUCUGGAAACUGUGUCAGACAAAGGGAUUCCAGAAACAGAAAGCCAUGAAGGUCAUCAUAGCGGUGGUGCUGGCUUUUCUGAUAUGUUGGCUACCGUACAAUAUUACUCUGUUCAUUGACACACUGAUGAGGAGCAAACUCAUUGAUUAUACUUGUGAUAUGCGGAAUCGUAUUGAUUGGGCUCUAAUUGGUAAUCAAGGUUUGGGAAUCCUGCACAGCUGCAUUAAUCCAAUCUUGUAUGCAUUCAUCGGAGUGAAAUUCAGGAAGAACCUGCUCAACCUUUUGGCUAUGAAAGGAAUCAUUAAACAAAGUGAAGAGCCACAUUCUAAAAGAUCCAUAUCCCUCUCUUCUAUAACUGGCCUCAGCACAUCCACCAUAUAGAGCCCAUAACUUCCGUGCUCCCCAGCGUCAGCAAUUCCAAAUAAGAGUUUGCACAGCAAUUGCCCUAAAGUUCACACUUCCUCUGGACAAUUGCGCUGUGCUGGGAGCCAUCCAAAAAUGUGGUUUA